AGUGUGUAUUGUGUACACUAUUGACAAGUGCCAGCAAAAUGUCUGCCAACACCAAUACCAGCACCAGUGAGCUUACGUGUGAUGGCCAAACCAAAAGGAUCGGGAUCAUAGGGGCGGGUAUAUCGGGUAUAGCAGCUGUUAAGGCAUGUCUCGAACGGGGUUUGGAUAACAUCGUGGUCUACGAGCGCACCGACAGCUCAGGAGGUUUGUGGCGAUACAGGGAUGAGGACAGAGAGGGAAAUGCGAUGAUUAUGAAGACUCUGGUGUGUAAUACCAGUAAAGAGAUGACCGCAUUCUCCGACAUACCUCCGCCUGACGAUUAUCCCAAUUAUAUGCCCAAUCACUACAUGGCCAAAUACCUGGACACAUGUGCUGAGCGCAUAAACUUUAACACCCACACCAAAUACCUGCACGAAGUGGUCACGUGCGAGCAAAACACCGACUAUACAGAUACCGGUCGGUGGCGGCUAACUGUCCGAUGUCUGGCCACUGGCCGCCAGUUUGUCGACGUUUGCGACGGUGUUAUGGUCUGCACCGGUCUUAACAAUAGGCCAGUGAUGCCUGAAUUCAAGGAUCAGAGUUUGUUUAAGGGAGAGAUUAUCCAUUCGCGGGAUUACCGAAAGCCCGGCCCCUAUGAGGGUAAGCGGGUUGUGGUCGUCGGGAUCGGUAAUUCAGGGGGUGAUGUGGCCGUCGAGUUGUCUACUGUUGCUGAAAAGGUAUACCUAUCGACCCGUAGUGGCAGUUGGGUCUUACGCCGGGUAGGACUAAGUGGGCGGCCAUUUGAUGGCCAGUUUAAUCGCCGAUCGAUGCAAACCUUGCUCAGUUUAACACCGUAUCCAAUACAGUGUUAUUUUGGCGAGAUGUACGUCAACACCAAGUUUAAUCAUAAACUAUAUGACCUAAAGCCAAAGCACCGGCUGUUUGCACAGCACCCGAUGGUCAACGACGAUCUGCCCAACCGAGUGCUCGCCGGCUAUGUUUGUGUUAAGCCAAACAUUGAUAGGUUUACUGAGAAUGGGGUUGUGUUUGAAGGUGAAAGCGACGAGACCGCGUGCGACACCAUAGUGAUGGCCACGGGGUACGAACUAAACUACCCAUUCCUAUCGGCGGACACACUUUGCAUCAGCAAAUCGGACUUCAAACUGUACAAGCACGUUUUCUACCCCCACCACCGGCACCCGCACACACUGGCCAUCAUAGGGUGCGUACAGCCGGGCGGGUCUAUACCGCCAAUCGCCGAACUCCAGUGCCGGUGGUUCGCCCGCCUAAUGGCCGACUCGGGCCACAAACUGCCCUCCGAGGCCAAAAUGGUUAGGGAUGUGCGCCGACGGCACCGUUGGGUUGAGCGCAGGUUUUUCAGCGCCAGCCGCCACUCCCUGGAAGAGGAUUGGGUGCCAUAUAUGGAUCAGUUGGCCCGCGAGGUGGGCGUCAAACCCAGCUUGGUGAAAUAUUUUUUCACUGAUCCCCGCCUGUGGUGGAACCUGUUUUUUGGCCCCUGUCUGCCCUACCAGUACAGGUUGAAUGUACCCAAAAAGAUCGCGAUCAUAGGCGCGGGUAAUUCAGGUAUGGGUGCGUUCAACGCCUGUCGGGAACAGGGCUUUCAUUGUGUGGUCUACGAGAAGACCGACCAGUUGUGCGGUCUCUGGCGGUAUAGGGAUGAGGAACUGGAGGGCUCGGCGUCUAUCAUGAAGUCGACUACAAUUAACACCAGCAAAGAGAUGACCCCAUUCUCCACAUUCCCGGCGCCCAAACAUUUCCCCAAUUAUAUGCAUAAUACAAAAAUGGCUGAAUACCUGUCACUAUAUGCGGAUAAAAUCGGUAUUAGAGAUCACGUAAAACUCAGACACGAGAUAAUUGAUUGCCAACAAAACACGGAUUACGAGGAGACGGGCCGAUGGAGGCUAACGGUGCGCGACAUCGACAACGACCGGGUGUUUGAUCAAGUGUUUGAUGGGGUAAUGGUGUGCACCGGACAUAACAACAAGCCAUCGAUGCCUACAUUUAAAAACCAACACCUAUUUAAGGGCCGUGUAAUGCAUGCGCACGCCUUCAAAGACAAUACAGGGUUUGAUGGCCAGCGGGUGGUUGUGGUCGGCAUCGGGAACUCCGGGGGUGAUGUCGCGGUUGAGUUGUCUCAUGUGUGUCCAAAGGUAUACCUGUCCACGCGUACGGGCAGUUGGGUGUGUUACCGGGUGGGCCACGGGGGCCGACCAUUUGAUUCAAUGCUGUUGCGCCGAUGGGUGAACACCAUGUUCAAUUUUUGGCCCUUUGGUCUGGUCUCGUCAGUGUCCGAGGGGUACCUAAACAUGCGGUUUAAUCACAAACUAUACGGCCUGAAGCCCAAGCACCGGGUGUACUCGCAGCACAUAUUUGUCAAUGAUGAUUUGCCCAAAAGGAUCAUGAGCGGUUGCGUGGUGGUCAAAGGCGACAUUGAACAAUUCACCGAGAACGGGGUCAUUUUUCAUGGUGAUUCGUGCGAAACCCGAUGCGAUGCUGUGGUGAUGGCCACCGGAUACGAGAUAUCGUACCCCUUCCUAACCCGCGCCGGCUUUACUGUCGACAAAAAGGACUUUAAUCUCUAUAAAAACAUAUUCUCACCUGAGCUCAAACACCCGCACACUAUGGCCUUCAUAGGGCUAGUGUUGCCGAUCGGGGCUGUCCUGCCCUGCGCUGAGCUCCAGUCCCGGUAUUUCGCCCUGCUCAUGGCCAACAAAGUGAAAAUGCCAACGCAUCAGCAAAUGAUCAAGGACAAUAAACGGCGCCGCGUGUGGUUGAAACAGCACUUUCCCAAUUGGCAAAAGUAUUCGCUGGAAGUGUAUUACAUUAAAUACUUGGACGAGUUGGCCACUCUCAUGGGCGUUAAGCCCAAACUGUUCAAGUACUUUUUCACAGAUCCUAAAUUAUGGUCGCAUCUCUACUUUGGACCAUGCGUGCCCUAUCAGUAUCGACUUAAUGGUCCAAAUGCGUGGCCCGAAGCCCGACAAACCAUAUUGACUGUGAAAGAAAGGAUUGACGCCCCGUUUAAUUCAAGGAAU